AGAUAUAAUGCGAGGAAAACGAAAUCUGGUGGCUAAACCAGCCAAGAAGAUGAACCAGCCGGUCAAAAAGUCUACAUUAAAGUCGAAACCUGGGCGAAAAUCCAAGACAUCUAGCACAUUAAAGAAUCAAGGUUUGAUCAACAUUAACGUUGAUAAACUGAACAGGUUCAAUGAACUUAAGAAGGAGAAAAGUCGUGCUAAAGAAGUGAAUGAACUAGAAUGUGAUAUGUGUGACUUUUUGGCAACAUCAGAGUUCCUGCUAACAACACACAAACAAAUCAAGCAUAUUGGAAACAGUCAAUAUUACCCGUGUACUGAGUGUGACUACGUAACAAUAGUUCAGAAAAGUCUGUAUUUACACAUACAGGAGGAUCAUAACAAAGGUCGAUACCCCUGUCCUAAAUGUGAAAGCAGAUUUACUUCACCAACAGGGAUGAUAGAGCACAUGAAGAGUAAACACAAUUCAUAGAUGUUUUUUACAAAGUAAGGUCGGAACUUUAGUUAUGUUAAUCCCUGAAGUAAGUACUAAUCCGUUUAUUGUGUUGAUCCACGGAUUUAGUUGAUUUCUUCUAAAUAUCUUUAAUGGCUGAUGAGAGAUAAUAAAAUUUUUCACAAAUUUAAGCUUUUAACACUUAAUCGUUUUAAAUUAACAGUUUCCGCUAGAAUUCCGGAGGGUGGAUUAGCGCAAUCUUUAAAAAAAAAGUUCCGAGCUUGGGUUCAACGGAUUAAAUCGGCAUUAUUCAUGAAUGGAGAAGAAAAUGGAACAAAUA